UACGACGGGGGUUUAGUCAGUUACUGCGCAACGGCCAUCGUGUUAUGUUGUUUUAUCGUCCUCACGUAUAUCUAGUAUGGUUUUGUACGGUUGUAAGCGAAUUGGCGUCUUUUAGGUGGUGUCUGUGCGUAGGUACAUUUCGUUGUGUGAUAUAAAGUGAAACUAAAAUGUCGGUAAUGCAAAUGCAGCAAGCGAAACGGCAGCAUUGUUAUUUAUGCGAUCUCCCGCGAAUGCCGUGGGCGAUGGUGCAUGAUUUUACGGAAGCGGUUUGUAGGGGGUGUGUGAACUAUGAGGGUGCCGAUCGUAUCGAGGUUGUAUUAGAAAAUGCGCGUCAAAUGAAACGCGCUCACGGUUUUCAAGAGCAACGGUCGAGUCAUAAUCCCAAAAGCCAUCGUACAGCCAGUCACGAACAUCAGAAUGGCGACGUAGUUGCUGCUACGAGUCGACAGCAGUCCGGAACGCACCACUCCGCCAGUUACGGCUUACAUCAUUCUAGAUCGGGAAUUUUAGCCACGGAAUAUCAAGCUGCACAAUCGGCCCCUCCUCCGAGAGGGUCCUCUUCGAUGCCCCGUCCGCUGCAAGAGGCUGCAGUUGAUCACGAAGCGAUGGUGAGCCGCGCAACGGUCAGAUUACCUACAGCAGCUCAUAUGACAGCUGCUUCCCAUCACCCCUUGCAGCAGCAUCACCAUGCUAGCAACGGCAGACCUACUUCUAUUCCCCAACAAGGCUUGAAACGUGGAUUAUCAAAUAACGACGAAGAUGACCAUCACGGUCACCAUCCUAACGGAGAAUUAAACGGAGCCAAACGAAUGAUGUCCGUCGAGGAACAUAGCAGUGGCGUAAGACCUCCUCUAACUCGAGGAGAAUCUUUACCCGCGGUUUCUUUGGCGCAACCCUUCGCGAUUGCCGAAAGGACAUUUAAACAGGAAAAGCAUCCGAUUAGAACGCCGUCAUUUGACACCGCAACUGCGUUUAAAUCUAAUGGAUACACGACAACCGUUUCAGUGGCAAGCGGCACUGGUGCAAACUCACACUCUCCACUAAGUACCAGGACAAGCUCACCGCCCGAAACAAAUGCCACAAGUGCAACGCCGACACAAGCCACACAAGGAUCCGGUCAAAGUCCAAUGGCGGCGCUUAUGUCCGUCGCCGAUAAUUUACCUCCAGGUAGCCCUAGAUCUACCGGCGGAAGCCCGCCGACCAACGCAGCGCCAAGAUCCGCUUCUCGAGGUUCUCAACAUUCGCCAAAUUCGACAGCAAGCUCGAGUGGGCGCAGAUCAUCUGGAUCUCGCCAUGUGUCAUCGACAACGGUAACCUCGAGUGAAAAUGCGGGCGGUACUAUAGGUCCUGGGGAGGUGAUGACGGCGGGAACGGACGGUGUCGCUCCGGCCGCUCCACCCGCCGCGAGCCUUAAAUGCACAUUGUGCCAGGAAAGAUUAGAAGAUACACAUUUUGUGCAGUGUCCAUCUGUACCACAUCAUAAGUUUUGUUUUCCUUGUAGUCGAGAUAGCAUUAAAAGACAAGGUGCAGGUUCAGAGGUCUAUUGUCCAAGUGGAGAAAAAUGUCCAUUGGCAAAUUCCAAUGUCCCGUGGGCUUUUAUGCAAGGAGAAAUUGCGACAAUUUUGGGCGAGGAAUAUAAAGUAAAGAAAGAACGGGAGACUUAAUUGCAAGAACGUCUUGUACAAUGUGCUGGCUCUCUUGUUCUCAAUUGAAAAAAAAAUUGAGAAAUUAUCGCAGUACGAGAUGUGUCUCGAAAUUUGUGGAAAAGUUGGCGAAAGUUGGUGCAGCCGUUGGCAUUUGAUUAAGCUGAUGGAUCCGAUUGAAAAUGUAAAUGAAAAGAAGGCUGUGUCCAUUAUUAGUUAUAUUUAGAUAUUUGGGAUAUCAGUCCAUCUAUCCAUCUUGCGAAUUGUAUAAUCUACACCGAAUUUAUUACUUGUUGGCUAAUAUCGCCGAAUUUGUACAUACGCACUGAUUUGUUUUGCGUAAAGGUCGAUUUGUCUGUAAUAUUUUGGGCAAAAGAUGUCACGUGCGGAGAAACCUAAAUAUUUAGUUGUUUUGUGAAUUAAAUAUUGUAUUGGAUGAUUGGUUCCAAAUUAUCGUUGUAAAUAUUGUAUAUAAUACAUUGUCUACUGUUCGAUUGAAAUUGUACAAAAUUAUUUGAUAAGAUUUGCCAGAAUAAAUUUAAUACGCACAACUAGUUUUUAAAGAGACACCUUUGUAUUUGUCAGCUGGUUGUACAUAUCAAAUUUAUUUAUUGUACUAUGAUUAGUUUUAUUUAUUUCUUAAAACUAAUUUUGUGGGAAAGUCUGAAUAAGCUGUAAAUAUUGUAUAUUCAUCAGCUAUUUUUUUAUAUAGUAAACAAAUUACAUGUUUAAAAUAUGAUUAUUGUUUAUUUUAGUGGUACAUUGGGCCAUGGUUUGGUAUUUAAUGAAUAUAACUUUUUGAAAGUAACCUAGUCAAAAUGUGAAGUGAAAGGCACUUCAUAUAGGAACUCCAAAACUCGCUGGUAAAUGUAAGAACGAUUAAUUAAUAAAUUUACCGAGUAAUAAUAACUUGUAUAUUAUCAAAGAUAUAUUAUCCCAUGAUAAAGAUCCUUUUGUUUAUUUUAUUAACAAGAACAAUUUGAAGUUUGCCAGGCGCAAAAUUGUCAGAUAUUCUUGAUAAAGGUAAACAAAUUGUCAGUUUUUGAGAAACUGUAUACUUUGUAAAUAUUUAUAGAUAGCUUUUACAAGGUUUAGAAGACGCAUUUAUUUAGAAAAUUGCCCUCUGUUUUAAUAUAUUUAGUUCGUGUGUUUAUAUUACAAAAAGGUUUGGUAUUUUGGUAAUUGUAAUUUUGGGUUACACGUAAAGCGGAAAGUGGUUUUGCUCAAAUUUUUUUUUAUUCUGCAAGAGGGAUAGUAUGUACUUCAUUUAUCUUGCCUAAUUUUAAAUAUUUUCCUGUACUUUGGCCCUAAUACUAGAACUUGAUUGUAGAAAUGUGCGAAUUUGUGACUUACAGCACAGAUAAUUAAAUGUAUUGACAAUGUCAGUUUUGUAAACAAUGGCUGUUAAAGAACCAACUGACAUGAUUGUUUCAAGCUUGUACAAUCGUUACUGUUAUUUGAUGUCGAAUGUCGAAAUAAAUAAUCUAUGUAAA